CGCGCGGGGCGGGGCGGGGCCGCAGGGGGGUUGUGGUGGCCCGCGGCGCGCGCACAGCAGCCGGGUGCAGCCGCUGCCGUCGCCGCCGCAGCAGCAGCAGCGCCAGGAGCCGCCGCCGCCCAACCGCCGCCGCCGCCCAACCGCCGCCCGCAGCCUCCGCGCCCUCCCCCGGCCCCGCGAAGAUGGUGGACCGCGAGCAGCUGGUGCAGAAGGCCCGGCUGGCCGAGCAAGCCGAGCGCUACGACGACAUGGCGGCCGCCAUGAAGAACGUGACGGAACUGAACGAGCCUCUGUCCAAUGAAGAGAGGAAUCUGUUGUCCGUAGCUUAUAAAAAUGUAGUAGGGGCACGGCGCUCUUCUUGGCGAGUAAUUAGCAGCAUUGAGCAGAAGACAUCUGCUGAUGGUAACGAGAAGAAGAUAGAAAUGGUACGGGCCUACCGUGAGAAAAUAGAGAAGGAGUUGGAAGCUGUAUGCCAGGAUGUGCUGAGCCUGCUAGACAACUACCUGAUCAAGAACUGCAGUGAGACGCAGUACGAGAGCAAAGUCUUCUACCUGAAGAUGAAAGGGGACUAUUACCGCUACCUGGCUGAAGUGGCCACUGGUGAGAAGAGGGCGACCGUGGUGGAGUCUUCAGAGAAAGCCUAUAGCGAAGCUCAUGAGAUCAGCAAGGAGCACAUGCAGCCGACCCAUCCCAUCAGGCUCGGCCUGGCACUUAACUACUCAGUUUUCUACUACGAGAUCCAGAACGCUCCGGAGCAGGCCUGCCACCUGGCCAAGACGGCGUUCGACGAUGCGAUUGCCGAGCUGGACACCCUCAACGAGGACUCCUACAAGGACUCAACGCUGAUCAUGCAGCUCCUUCGCGACAACCUAACGCUCUGGACAAGCGAUCAGCAAGACGACGACGGUGGAGAAGGCAACAAUUAGACCCCCAGAUGGACUGGCAGCCGCACGCUGAUGCUAACUACUGCAGUCUUUAUUUUUUUCCCACGAGUGGGGGGGUCAGGGGUGGGGGAGGGAAAGGGAGGGGACACCUUCCCAGGGAGGCCCCCCACAACCUGUCUUUGAUUGCCUCUUUGACAUUUUUGCCAAAACACCACUAGUGGAAGUCAGGCUGGCUGUGCUGGUAUGGAAUAGCAGCCUCACUGGCAUAUGGACUGUUCUGUAGAUUAUUAAUACAAGUGGAGCUGUCUUUAAUUUAAGUUUAUUGCUAGAAAUAAAAGGGUUUUAAGAUGAAAUAACUUGAAUGGAAUGGCCCUCGUUUUUGAGAAUAGCAACACAAAAAGGAAGUUCUGUGGUUCCAGUAAGGCUUAUGUGCGUUUGUUUCUUCAGUUCAAGUGCCGUGUGUUUGUUACCACGUAGCAGGGCGUCUCUCCGGAGCGCUCUGCCUGUCAGGGCAUGGCUUAAAAUCCCCAAAUUGAAAAGGAAUAUUUAAAAAAAUAAAUAAAUAAAAGAAUUUGGGGCUCGUAAAGCCCCAGGAUUUAGGCCACUUAACCUUUUUGUUAAGAUAUUUAUUAGGGUAGCUUACAGUAUUAACACUAAAACGCAGUUUACAGUAUUUCUACAUUACAGCCAUAUGACAUCAAGCCUUUGACUGUCUGUUUUCUUUUGCUAGUUCUUUUGGCUUGCCUUCCUAAUCAGUCCUCGCCUGUGGACUGGCUUAGCUGUUCUGUGUCGCCCAAGGCAAGAAGACUGCCCGCCCGAGGAACAUCAAAGCUGCUCUAGUUUUUUGGUCAACAGCUUAACAGGUGCUUGGCUAGCGGCUGUUUAAACUAUUUUAGUCCACAGCAAAAGGUUUAAGAACUUAAUUAGAAAAGGGGGAAGUGUUUAACUAAAAUGCCACUAAAUAAAGAGAAUUCAGGUCUGUAUGUCAUGUACUGUGUUUGGUAUUUCAAAGACCAUCCUGAUUUAAGGUGCCACAGCUGCUUCCUCAGGGAUUGCACUGCCAUUUCACUCUGCCUGACUUUCUCCCACUGUACCAUGAGGUUUGUCAGCAGAUCUCCGGCACCCAGGCUCCCUUGUUUGUCAUCAGGGAAGCUGGGUGUGUUUUCUUUCUCCUGAGGAAGCUUGUGGUGUAAUGAGUGAACUUCAGGAGCUGAGAAACUAAUUUGGUAGAGAAAUCCACAAGGGAAGAGCUACAAUCAUAGACAUUUCUAUCAAACAUCGGGAGCCCAGGAACUUAGUUCUCUUUUCCAAGUCUGUCCUAUUCGGCUGGGGGUGGGAGACGGGGCACCUGAAUUGCUUAGCAGGUAAUAUUUACCCCAUUUUGAGUAAAUUUUUUUACAUAACUGUUGGAAGUUCACUGCUGUUCUCUUUGGCUUGCGGAGUGCUGUACCACGUAGCUUUUUAACUAAAGCUACGCAGUAGGGAAAAUCGCACUCAUGCAUUUUUAAAACAGGCUUUCAUUGUCCCUUUUGAGAGUCAGUCUGUAAACAGAGCAUCGCGGUGUUGCACACGCAGUACAGUCCGUUCUGUUGUUCGCUUGCACGGGGAGUCUGGCACUGCUGGACUCGGCUCCGGCUGUGGCCCCUCCGUAGCAGUCAAACGAAGUUAUUUACCCCCCUCCCUUCCUAAGGGAGCAAGCAGAGAUGAGUGUGUAGCUGAUGCUCAUGACGAGAUUGCCCCGGCGAUACUAGCAAAGCUGACGACCUGGAUCCCUAAACGCGGAGAGGCGCAGAGCCUUGCUCGCGGCAGCCGGCGCGGGCGGGAGCCGCGGGUACUGCGUGCAACACCCUGUCGCAGGCAGGAGCGACUCGGGCGGCCGCUCGCCCGGCCCGUGAGCCCCUCGCGGCCCAGGUAGCUGACAGAAACCUGCAGUAAACGCCAUGGACUGGAAGAUUUAUUUAGGCUUCUUAACUUUAUUUGAUUUACCUUCAUGUCCAGUGAGCAGUGUUGUCCCAGCUGUAUAAUUUGGAAGUGAUUUACUGGAAUUACAAAACCUGUUUUUAUUUUCAGCUUUUGCUCUGGCUGCUUUAGAGAAAUUAUGCAGGAAAGAUCGCACAAGAGGGCUAAAAGUGGAGUGGGGUGGGGGACUUGAUUUUUAAGCAGCUUGAAUGGUUUCUUUCGUUUUUUAAGAAAUGCACUUGCCUAUGAUACUGUCUCUCCAGUGAAAUGAUUACUGCUCCAUUACUCUAUUGAUACAAUAUUGUGCAUGCUAGUGUCGUAUUUCUAUACAGUAGCUUGAAAUUUAUUAACUUAUACUGUAGAUGUUAUGUAUUCCUAUGACAAAAUAGUCUUCAAAAAUUUUUUAAAGUUUUUUAAUUUAUUUUUCUUUUGGGGGUAAAGUUUGCUCUACCAAAUAGUGAUCGUAACAAACUGAUCUGUUAUGGAUGUUGCUAUAGUGACAUGCAAUUAUAUAUGAUUUUGUUUUUAAAAAGGAAAAAAGCAAAAGAAAACACCAGUGUUAGCUUAAUCUUAAUGUCUGGUGUUCGUCAUGGUGAAAUUAUAACUAUUACAGUGUAGGAGAACAAUGACUGUGUUCUUUGAAUGAGCCUUUGUUUGUGCUUUUUGUCAUGUUAUGCAGUGAACUAUUUUUAAGGUCUAAUCAGUGAUUAUUUUUCCAACUCCGUGUUUCUGUAAGGAAUUAUUUCACACACGGACCAUUCUUAGCAGUUUUCCUCAGUGAUGGAAUAUCAUGAAUGUGAGUCAUUAUGUAGCCGUCGUACAUUGAGCAAAUAAACUUACAGAUCUGA